AUUUGUUAUCCUAUUAUUAUUUGGUGAAUUAUUGGUUGACCAGAUCGAUCUCUGUAUAAAAGGGCAUCACGGCAGCGCAGCAGAGACGAACGAACAAAUUCCAAUCUUCCGUUAUAAACAGAACAGCAGACAGGAGGAGGAAGAAGAAGAAAAAGAGGUCAAACCCACCACUGAAUUUCCUUCCUUUCCUUCUCUCCAUUUCUUUCUUUGGUCCCCCCGUCGUUAUCUUCCUGCCUCGCUGGCCCGCUUUCUCUCUGUUCCGUAAAGAUUAUCCAUCCCUCCUAAUCAAACCACCCCUUUCUCCCCUGAAUUUCCUGUCCUGUUAUCUGUCAUUCUUCGGCUGCACCAGGUGCACGCCAAUCUAGGUUUGUUGCUAAAGGAUAAAGAGAAGGGCCGUAGAAUCUGGAACCCUUUUGCUGCGUGUACAUAGAUAGAUAGAUAGAUAAAAGUGGGAGGAGGUUGGUUCUGAGGUUGAUCCAGUUGGGUACUUUUGCAGGCCUUGAGCUGGAUUUUGUAUUUCAGUGCACAGGAAAUUCCGUUUAUUGAAGGCUCUGCAGCUUACAGACCACCCUCCCAACUUGCAGACACAGGUCGGGGAGGAGUUGGGAUUGAGGAAAAAAAGGAGAAAUGGGAGAGAAGAAUCUGGAGAUUGUUCAAGAUCAAACAGCAACAGAACCCAAUGGUCAAAUAUCUCAUUUAGCCCUGGAUAUUGGAGGAUCAUUAAUAAAAUCAGUAUAUUUCUGUCGAAGCGAUAGUAGUGGUAGUGGUGAUGAUCAGGAUCACGAGUGUUCUGCAAAUGGUGGUUGUGCAAAGAAGCGUCCUGCUAUUGAAGGAAGUCUGCAUUUUGCCAAGUUGGAAACAAGCAAGAUAGACCAAUGCUUAGAGACUAUCAAAUCCAUGAAGCUUCAGUUUAAUGGUUUUGUGCAUCAAAACAAUACAAUUGAGGACAAUACAAUCAAGGAUACCAGUUUCAUUAAGGCUACAGGUGGGGGAGCACAUAAGUUUGCUGAUCUCUUCAAGGAAAAGCUCGGUAUUACCCUUGAGAAGGAGGAUGAAAUGGAUUGUCUUGUAGCCGGAGCUAACUUUUUGCUGAAGGCAGUCCGCCAGGAAGCAUUCACAUACAUUGAUGGGGUGAAGGAGUUCGUGCAGAUUGACCAUAAUGAUCUGUAUCCCUAUCUACUGGUUAACAUAGGGUCUGGUGUUAGCAUGAUCAAGGUUGACGGAGAUGGCUUAUUUGAGAGAGUUAGUGGAACUAGUAUUGGAGGAGGCACAUUUUGGGGCUUGGGAAACCUAUUGACAAAAUGCAAGAGCUUUGAUGAAUUGUUGGAGUUGAGUCAUCGAGGGAAUCACCGGGUGAUUGACAUGCUUGUUGGAGAUAUUUAUGGUGGAAUGGAUUACUCAAAGGUUGGUCUACCAUCUAGAGCUAUUGCUUCCAGCUUUGGGAAGGCAAUAUCUGAAGAUAAGGAGCUUGACGAUUACAAACCUGAAGAUAUUGCACGGUCACUUCUCAGAAUGAUUUCAAACAACAUUGGACAGAUCUCUUACUUGAAUGCACUCCGAUUCGGCCUGAAGAGAAUAUUCUUUGGUGGAUUUUUCAUUCGGGGACAGUCAUACACAAUGGAUACUAUCUCUGUUGCAGUUAAUUUCUGGUCCAAAGGAGAGGCAAAAGCAAUGUUCUUACGGCACGAAGGUUUUCUGGGAGCAAUGGGUGCAUUUGUUAGCUAUGACAAACAGCGUCUUGACGACUUGUUGGCAAAGGAGUCUUUGCAGCUACAAGUUAGAACAUCGCCGCCAGUUGAUACAGAUUAUCAGAGUCCUCUAAAUGGAGAAUCGAUAGAGAAUGAAACCAUAAAUUGCAUUAUCCAUACAGCUUAGCAAGCACGUGUUUAUGAGCUAUGGCUUCUUCUGGGUUCAUGGUGCUCCAAGAGAUGAGGAACUUAAUUUGCAGCACUCCUGCAGAUGCCCAUCAUGUGGCCUGAGCUGUUUCAUGUACCAUUUGUAGUAUUACCCAAAAAGCAAAAACAAAAAUGUAUCACCAUUUGUAGUACACGACUAAAAGCAUACAUCAGACGCAAUUAUGCAGAUUAGAAAGGCUGUAACUUCAAUAAUCAAUAAACCAAUGGUUACCUAUCAAGAAACAGAUCAGUUAUUACUUCACUCCAUAGUUACAUGUAUAAUUUCUUCUGUUUAUAUUUUUCGUAGAAUUAACAUGGAAAGGAACGAAUGAGACAUUUGGCCAAGAAAAAGAUUUGUAUUUCUGUUCAUAUUUCGUUCUGUAAAUAGAGAAAGCUACAAUGCUACUGAUUUGUCUUAUUGGAUAAUAAAUAAAACUCGAUUUC